AACCCCAGAGCAGGGUUUUACAUCAAAGAGAGUUUUAGAAAUUUGGUAUCGAUGAGUGGAGGUGGAGCACCCGAUUUUUUCUACAGGGAAGCUCAACGUCUCGGCUAUGUUGCUCGUUCAGCUUUCAAGUUGCUUCAAAUACAGAAUCAAUAUAAGUUAAUAAAGCCAGGUUGUUCAGUUCUUGACCUUGGUUGUGCCCCCGGUGCUUGGCUUCAGGUUGCUUGUCAGAGUUUGGGUCCAUUGAAGAAUGGUGGGGCUGUUGUGGGAAUUGAUGUUAAGAAGGUAAAGGUUCCUUCUCUUCACUGUGAUGCAAGGGUUCAAACUAUUUCCGCUGAUGUCAUGAAACUAUCCAAGCCACAAGUUAUGGAACUCUCGCCUAAGAAAAAAGGGUUCUCAGUUAUACUUUCAGAUAUGUGUCCUUCGGUUUCAGGAAUUUCAACUCGGGAUGCGGCUUUGUCCUUCGAGUUAGGUGUGCGAGCACUCGAUUUAGCUGUCGGUAGAGCCAUGAGCGUGUCAAAUGAUAAUUUCCAAAAUGAAGGAGUGUCAUGCACUUGUAGUCCAUAUGAUAAGGGUGUAUUGCUGUCCAGAGGGCAUCUCGUCAUUAAGCUUCUGGAGAGCGAGGAUACAAAAGAAUUGAGCCAGAUUUGUAAACCACUCUUUAAAAAAUCAACAUGGUUAAGGCCCAAGGCUACAAGAUCCUCAUCCAGAGAGAUUUAUUUAAUUUGUCAAGAUUUAAAGUCACAGUAAGGUUCAGAAUCUUUAGGUCCGCAACUAUUUGCUACCCCAAUGGCCUCCCGGAUAUGAAUGUCAAAUUCGGGUAUGUUUAAUUUUUUUAAAUGUAUUUGGAGUAUCAUAUCUCCAUACUCAUAUCCCAAAAACAUAUCGAACCCAGAAUAAGAAAUGCUCUUGAGAA